AUGGAAUACAAAGAUUCAAUCGAGUCACUGGGCAACGCGUCGUUUGAGCCGCUAUUGAAGAAAACAGAAGAAAACAGAGCCUUUCUUGAGCAACACUCGAAAAAGUAUCCAUUGCAGGUCCAGGCUCCAUUGAGAAUGCAUUGCCAGGGGAUUGCCGUCUCCGAUCCUUCGUGCCCUCAAGGCCUUAACCAUGAGUCAAAUGGAACUGGCGCAGACAACCCAAGUAACGGGCGUUCAGAGGUGUCCGUGUCCCAAUUUAGUAUGGGGGAAUCUUCUUGCAAUGGGUGCCAACAUCCAUUUUGGAAAAAGUUCAGACCGUACAAGGCUCCGGUUCAAGCCAUCUUCAUCAUUAUGUUCUUGAUGGGCGUUCUUGCAUGCGUCGUCAAGGAAACUAUCGCCCCUUCACAAGGUGAUUUCGAACUUGUGUGUUACCAGCAGCCCGAGGCCUGUAAGGGACCAGGACAGAACAUCUGGUACACGUUCGAGAAACUGAUCUGCUCACCAGCUAGAGAAAGAGAUUUUUGCGGCGAAGAGGUUAAAGAGAUGUGGAAAAGAUAUGAGCACGCUAUAUGGGGUAAUCGUGAUCAGGAUCUCAAGAAGUUACACAAGCGCAUGAUCUGGGAUAGAUACGACGCGUCAACCAAUGGCUACUUAAUAUGGUCCGCGUCUCAAGGGGACGAAUGGCUGGAUAAGUUGCAAGAAUCAUGGGAAGAUGUUCGCUAUGCAGAUUGGCCGGCUGAAGAACAACAGUGGUGCUACACAAUCCAGCUGAUCAGUUACAAUCGAGGCUGCAAGGAAAAGUUGAACGAGAAAAGGGUCAUGACUCAAAAUCUAAUGACAGUCACGGCAAUGUCUUUUGCUUUUGCAGCAUGUUCGACUUUUCCGUUCUUCAUGGAUGCCCAGAAGUUAUUGAUAUACAAUUGUCAGCAAGUAACCUUGAGCGUCGUCGCUUACGUUGGGAUCAUCAUCCUUGAGAGUUUCGAGAAGCAGUUUCCUGUGCUACUGAUGUUGGUCACACUAAUUGCAAUCGGUCUUGCCCUUUCUUUAAUUGGGCAUGGAUUCAUUUAUAUCGUGGAAUGCCAUCUCAGCGACAUCGACGAACCACAGGGAAGCGAGGAGACCACUCCACUAGGCACAACGGGUUAA